GGCGUUAGCGCGGCGGCCGUGGCGGAGGACUACGGCGACAAGGACGAGGGCCGAGCUCCCCGCUCUUGCCCGUGGCGCUGCUCCCCUCGGCUGACCGGCCCCCGGGUGUGCAGGCGGGGAGGACAGAUGGAGUGAUAGGGAAGAUGUUUGUGGAUUCUGUGGGAUCAGAGGGCACGCCUAUUGUAAUCAGAAAACUCCAAGUAUAACAACAGGAAUGGAUGAACAGGCUCUUUUAGGGCUAAAUCCAAAUGCUGAUUCAGACUUUAGACAAAGGGCCCUGGCCUAUUUUGAGCAAUUGAAGAUUUCCCCAGAUGCUUGGCAGGUGUGUGCAGAAGCUCUAGCCCAGAGGACAUACAGUGAUGAUCACAUAAAGUUUUUCUGCUUUCAAGUAUUAGAACAUCAAGUUAAAUACAAAUAUUCAGAACUAACCACUGUUCAACAACAACUAAUUAGGGAGACACUCAUAUCUUGGCUUCAAGCUCAGAUGCUGAGUCUCCAAGCAGAGAAGACCUUUAUACGCAACAAAGCAGCCCAAGUCUUCGCCUUGCUUUUUGUUACAGAAUAUCUCACUAAAUGGCCCAAGUUUUUUUUCGACAUUCUCUCAGUAGUGGACCUAAAUCCAAGGGGAGUGGAUCUGUACCUCCGAAUCCUCAUGGCUAUCGAUUCAGAGUUGGUGGAUCGUGAUGUGGUUCAUACAUCAGAGGCAACUCGUAGGAAUACGCUGAUAAAAGAUACCAUGAGGGAACAGUGCAUUCCAAAUUUGGUGGAAUCAUGGUACCAAAUCUUACAAAAUUAUCAGUAUACUAAUUCAGAAGUGACAUGUCAGUGCCUUGAAGUAGUUGGGGCUUAUGUCUCUUGGAUAGACUUAUCCCUUAUAGCCAAUGAUAGGUUUAUAAAUAUGCUGCUAGGUCAUAUGUCAAUAGAAGUUCUACGGGAAGAAGCAUGUGACUGUUUAUUUGAAAUUGUAAAUAAAGGGAUGGAUCCUGUUGAUAAAAUGAAACUAGUAGAAUCUUUGUGUCAAGUAUUACAGACUGCCGGGUUUUUCAGUAUUGACCAGGAAGAAGAUGUGGACUUCCUGGCCAGAUUUUCUAAGCUGGUUAAUGGAAUGGGACAGUCAUUGAUAGUUAGCUGGACUAAAUUAAUUAAGAGUGGGGAUAUGAAAAAUGCUCAAGAGGCACUACAAGCUAUUGAAACAAAAGUGGCACUUAUGUUGCAGCUGCUCAUUCAUGAGGAUGAUGACAUCUCCUCUAACAUAAUUGGGUUUUGUUAUGAUUAUCUUCAUAUUUUGAAACAGCUUACGGUGCUCUCAGAUCAACAAAAAGCUAAUGUAGAGGCAAUCAUGUUGGCUGUUAUGAAAAAAUUGACUUAUGAUGAAGAAUAUAAUUUUGAAAAUGAGGGUGAAGAUGAAGCCAUGUUUGUAGAAUAUAGAAAACAGCUGAAGUUACUGUUGGACAGACUUGCUCAAGUUUCACCAGAGUUACUGCUAGCUUCUGUUCGCAGAGUUUUUAGUUCUACACUUCAGAACUGGCAGACUACACGGUUUAUGGAAGUUGAAGUAGCAAUAAGAUUGCUGUAUAUGUUGGCAGAAGCUCUUCCAGUAUCUCAUGGUGCUCACUUCUCAGGUGAUGUUUCAAAAGCUAGUGCGUUGCAGGAUAUGAUGCGAACCUUGGUAACGUCAGGAGUCAGUUCCUACCAGCACACAUCUGUGACAUUGGAAUUCUUUGAAACUGUUGUUAGAUAUGAAAAGUUUUUCACAGUUGAACCUCAGCACAUUCCAAAUGUACUAAUGGCUUUCUUAGAUCAAAGGGGUCUACGGCAUUCGAGUGCUAAAGUACGGAGCAGAACUGCUUACCUGUUCUCUAGAUUUGUCAAGUCUCUAAAUAAACAAAUGAAUCCUUUCAUUGAAGAUAUUUUGAAUAGAAUACAAGAUUUAUUGGCCCUUUCUCCACCAGAGAAUGGAUACCAGUCUUUAUUGAGCAGCGAUGAUCAACUAUUUAUUUAUGAGACAGCUGGAGUACUUAUUGUUAAUAGUGAAUACCCAGCAGAUAGGAAACAAGCAUUAAUGAGGAAUCUGUUGACUCCACUAAUGGAAAAGUUUAAAAUUCUAUUAGAAAAAUUGAUGUUGGCACAAGAUGAAGAAAGGCAGGCAUCUUUGGCAGACUGUCUGAAUCAUGCUGUUGGAUUUGCCAGUCGCACCAGCAAAGCUUUUAGCAACAAACAGACUGUGAAACAGUGUGGCUGUUCCGAAGUUUAUCUGGACUGUUUACAGACAUUCUUGCCAGCCCUCAGUUGUCCCUUACAAAAGGAUGUUCUCAGAAGUGGAGUACGCACUUUCCUUCAUCGAAUGAUUAUUUGUCUAGAGGAAGAAGUUCUUCCAUUUAUACCUUCUGCCUCAGAACAUAUGCUCAAAGAUUGUGAAGCAAAAGACCUACAGGAGUUCAUUCCCCUUAUCAACCAGAUUACAGCCAAAUUUAAGAUACAGGUUUCCCCAUUUUUACAGCAGAUGUUCAUGCCUUUGCUUCGUGCAAUUUUUGAGGUCCUUCUCCGACCAGCAGAAGAGAAUGACCAGUCUGCUGCUUUAGAGAAGCAGAUGUUGCGGAGGAGUUACUUUGCCUUCCUACAGACUGUCACAGGCAGUGGAAUGAGUGAAGUUAUAGCAAAUCAAGGUGCAGAGAAUGUAGAACAAGUGUUGGUAACCAUUAUCCAAGGAGCAGUUGACUAUCCAGAUCCAAUUGCACAGAAGACAUGUUUUAUCAUCCUCUCAAAGUUGGUAGAACUCUGGGGAGGUAAAGAUGGACCAGUGGGAUUUGCUGAUUUUGUUUAUAAGCACAUCGUUCCUGCGUGUUUCCUAGCACCUUUAAAACAAACAUUUGACCUGGCAGAUGCACAAACAGUAUUGGCGCUCUCUGAGUGUGCCGUGACGCUGAAAACAAUUCAUCUCAAACGGGGGCCAGAAUGUGUUCAAUAUCUUCAACAGGAAUAUCUGCCCUCCUUACAAGUAGCUCCAGAAAUAAUUCAGGAGUUUUGUCAAGCACUUCAGCAACCUGAUGCUAAAGUUUUUAAAAAUUAUUUAAAGGUGUUCUUCCAGAGAGCAAAGCCCUAAGGACUGGAUUUCCCUAUGCCUACAUCAUGAUCAGGAAUUCCAAUUAAUAAUUUAUAAAGAAAUGAUUUCUUGUGUGCCAUUUACACUGGUCUUUUAACAUUGCUUUGAGCUUUCUGUAAAAUGGGUGUAAUAUCCCCCUAAAUAUAGGUAUGUAACAAGAGAAGUUGCUGCAUGCCAGCUCAAUUAUUCUAUAUGAAAAUGCUGAUAACAGCAGAGUUAUCCGAAUACCUUUUUUUAAAUUUCGAACUCUUAAGUCCUUUGUAAAGACCAUCAUAGAGUGGAAAGCUACUUUUUUAAAAAAAAUUGAUGAGUAUAAAAUGUUUGAAAAUUUUUCUUUUACAUAUGUGGACAUAAAAAAUAUAGGAAAUAAAACAAUCAAAACUGAUUUUUUUGUAGAUAGCCAUUAUGUUUCCUUAAACUACUUCAAUGCCAUUGUGUAUUCUACAGAGAAAAUGGGCUCAUAAAUUCAUUGAUUUAAAAGUAGGUGCAUAUAUUACAUAUUUUUUAUUAAAAAAAUAAAUUUUAUGUAGUGAAAUCUAUCAAGUCUUUUCUGGAAUUAUUACAAAUACUUCAGCUUUAUUUUCCCAUCUUAAUUGCUCUCUGAUUUUCCCAUUUAAAGGUUUGCAAAAUCAAUGUGGAUGCCUUAUUUCAUUAGUCUCCUAAAAGGUUACGUGCAACCUAAUUGUUAAAUAAGUCUUUAAAAUGCAUUAGAAAAAAAUCUGUGUGAAUCUGUUGAUAUUAAUAAACCAGUGUUUUUCCUGUUACUGGGUGAACUUAGAAGAAAAUGUACCUGUGUGUUAAUGAUGUCUGUAUAUACUAUAGUCAGCUAUUAUUUAAUUACUGGAAGUAUUCCCCUCUGCCUGCCCUCAUUUUUAUUCAUGGCAAGUGAAGAAGGCAAGAGGAAAAGUAAUAGUAUCAGUAGUAGCAUUGGAAAGAGAGAUUUGGGGGGCAAAACCAAAUGUAACCACAGAUAUUUAAGUUCAUUUUAAAACUCCAUGUAAAAUUUUUAGGAAGGCAGACUCAGGAUGUAGCUCAGUGGCAGAUCCCACACAUAGCAUGUUCAAGGCCCUGGAUACUAGCUCCAACACCAAAAGAGCAAAAAAUAAAAUUGGGGGGUAGGGAAUUGGUUUCGUCUUACUUACUUUUGGGUUUCAUGAAUAGGCUUCAGUGACUUAUAAGUUUCCUAAAAUUAUAUUCUAAAUAGUGCACAUGAAAUCUUUUUAUUCCCAGAAAAGAUUUUAAACGUUUUCUUUACAUUAUGGAAUAAAGACACUAAAUCAACACUGAAGUAGACAAAUAGAUCAGUGGAAGUGGAAUGUAUUUUAUACUUCAAUAAAAAAUGCUUUUAAAAAUAGUUAAGUGAAAGCUGGGUGGGGUUUUUUUGGUAGGUUCUCCUAUACUGUGGGAGAGAGAAUUGUAUCUAUGACAAAAAGUACGUUAAUGAAAUGAAUGGCAUCAUAAUUAAAAGUUUAUGUGAUACAGGCUCAGGACCCAAAUUAUGUAGGUUCCAAUACUAGUUAUGCCGGUAACUGGUUUUAGAAACUUGGUUUCCCUAUCUCAAAAAUGGGGGAAAUAAUAGUAGCUACCUCAUAACUCAUUAAGAAUUCAGUGAGUUGAACAGGAAAGCUUAUUACAGUAGCUGACACAUAAGGCCUUGAUAUUAGGGUGUAUCAUUGUAAUUUUAUACAUGGAAAAAGCAAGACCUUUUCCGCUACCUCUUUAAAGCCCUUUAAAAGAUUCAUGUGUUUAGAAUUAAGAGAAAUCAGGACAUGGAAGCCAAUGUUUAAAUAGCAAUUAAGCUCCAUAUUAUAUAACCAUGUAUAAUUCUUGUUUUCAUUCCUUGAAGUUGCUCCAAGCACCAUCAGGAAACUGCCAUCAAGAUACCUUAAGAGAAGCAAGCACCCAAACAAUUGCUUCAAUGGUAAAUCUCACUUGUUACAAGGGAGAUAAAGGAGGCACAAAAUUUACAGCUUUGUGAGAAUUGACUGUAGAACCAGAGUUUUGUGAUACCUAUUUGAGUCCUAAGCCUAACAGUUUAUUUAAAUAUUAAUACUAACCUUAAUUUGUUCACAAGUGGCUUGACCUUUAAAGUACUGUGUGGUAUUUUAAUGCGCAUUAUCACUUUCUGAGGGGCGGGUGAGUUGAGACAGCAUCUUAGCAUGUGGUCUAGGCUGGCCUUGAGCUCUGUAGGCCUCCUGUCUCAGUAACUCAAAUGCUGGGUUUACAGGUGUGUGCCAUACUUGGCUAUGUACUGUAUGUCUUAAUGUAAACAUGUCACAUUUCCUCCCAGGACUUUAAGCUGUGGGUUUUACUGUUGGAGGGAAGCUGACAGGUCUUCACUGUGUCAUUUGAUAUCAGAACAAUGAAACUGGUUGGAAUUAUAAGCAGUAAAUAGAUUUGUUGUUAGAUGAAUUCAUCACUUAAACAUUGUUUAAGCUUCUAAUAAAGUAACUUCCUAAGAA